AAUAAACCGGACUAUUGGUGAAAUGUCGGCCGACUCGGUACCAACCGGAGAUAAGAUUAAACAGAUAAGGAAGUAUAUCUAUCGUCAUUGAUCUUCAGCUCGUCGCCUUAUUAGUAAUUUUCUUACCUUGUGACAAAAACUCUCGUCACCCACCUCCGGGGACAUUCGGGAAGGAAGAAAAAAAAAUAUUAUCUACAUGUAUUGGAAGAGGUCGGAAGCGUGUCUUCCGCCUCUGAAGUUUGUGUUGCGCUGUAGCUAAUAAUGUUUCGCAACGGUGUAGCGACGCUUCGCUCAAGCCAUGCUCGCAUACUACCGUAUAAUGUAGCGCACGCGACCACCCGAUCCCUCUCCCGCCUUUCGAGCCGGACACAAAUAAACCAGGCUCAGAUCCGCUCGAUACAGACGCAUAAUUCCUUCGAGCCUCUCCGACCACCCUCCCCCUCAUCCCUCGGCAAACCCAAAGCAGCCCGCGAGUUCAAGCGUAGCCGGAAAUGGGGCCGGCGAUUACUGAUCUUCUCCGUGGUCACCGGCAUCGUCUACGAGAUCGAUCACCACGUCUUCGCAUCGGGUAUCGGACGAUCGCUGCUGACAUUCAGUACGGGUCUAUUCGUGGCGCUGGAUUAUAAAAUAAAUUUCCGGGCAGAGCCGUAUUUUGGGGGUUCGAUUGAGGAUUUGCAUCGGCGCAGUGCGGAGCGGUUGUUUGAUUUGCUGCGCGCUAAUGGCGGUCUUUAUUUGAAGAUUGGUCAGGCUAUUGCUAUGCAGAGCGCUGUCCUGCCGCCGGAGUUUCAAAAGAUGUUUGCGAGGAUGUUUGAUGAUGCACCCCAGGACGAAUGGCGCGAUGUUGAAAAAGUUAUCCGAAAGGACUUUGGUGGUAAGAGUGUCGAGGAAGUCUUUGGUGUUAGCUUCACAGGCGAAGAAGGGAAAGGUCUAAUGGAGAGGAGAGCGAGGGCUAGUGCGAGUGUGGCCCAGGUGCAUUGGGCUAGACUACCGGAUGGUAGGGAGGUUGCUAUUAAGUUGCAGAAGCCAGAGAUUGCUAAGCAGGUUGGCUGGGAUCUUUGGGCUUUCAAGGUCGUUAUGCGAAUUUACACAUGGUGGUUUGACCUACCGCUUUACAGCCUGGUGCCGUUUAUUACGGAACGACUACUGCUCGAAACGGAUUUCGAGUCGGAGGCCAGGAAUUCAGAGAUGAUGCGAGACCUCGUGAAUUCAGAACCCAGUCUCAAAGGCAGAGUAUAUAUCCCUAAGGUCUACUCAGAGUUUACAACAAGACGAGUGUUAGUGACAGAGUGGAUUGAGGGAGUACGGCUCUGGGAUAAAAAUUCCACAACAGGCCGCUGGUUAAGAGGCUCUGGUAACGGGUCUCCCGGAGUUCACGGUGCUCAAUUGCAGUUCAGCCCAGUAGAUAUGGAAGCUGCUCGACGAGAGCUGCGAGUGAACCCCUAUAAGGAGAAGCUGAAGCCCGACCGGGAUAACUGGAAAGGACUAAACGGAAAGGGCGGGCUUGGUCUGUCUGGUAAGGAGGUUAUGACCACAAUGGUGGAUCUGUUUUCGGCUCAAAUAUUCAAAUGGGGGGUCGUCCAUUGCGACCCACACCCUGGUAACAUCUUCAUCCGACGUUUACCAUCAGGAAAGGCCGAGUUGGUACUCAUCGAUCACGGACUCUAUGUUUACAUGUCUUCCAAAUUCCGACAUCAAUACGCCCUAUUCUGGAAAUCGCUGUUGACGUUUGACAACGAUACGAUAGCAGAAAUCACUAAGGAGUGGGGUAUCAAGGCGCCUGACUUAUUUGCGAGUGCGACAUUGAUGCGCCCUUACGAGGGUGGUGAUGGAAGCACAAAAGGGCACAUUAUGAAAGAAUUCAAGGGCAAAACUCCGGCGGAACGACAUUAUGAGGCGCAACAACGAAUGAAGCAAGGCAUUCGCGAGAUAUUAUCAGAUGAAGAUAAAUGGCCCCAAGAGCUCAUCUUCAUCGGUCGCAAUAUGCGUAUCGUGCAGGGCAAUAACCAAUUUAUGGGAUCACCUAUCAAUCGUGUUAAGAUAAUGGGUAACUGGGCGAGUCGAAGCUUGUUCCAGGACCCCAAUCUACCAUGGAGGGAGCGCAUGACGAACGCUUGGCGACAUCUCCUAUUCAGGACCGUUCUAUUCGCCACAGAUGUGGCAUUUUAUACCUUCAAAGUCCGGCAAUGGCUUGGAUUAGGAGGUGGCAUGGAAGAUGAAGUUGAGGCUAGGAUGAAAACCAUGGCAAAAGACUUUGGUGUUGAGCUGCAGCAUGAGGUUUUUGAGGGCUAAAUCCCGGACUUAUAUUUAGAUCUCGAUUUCGAUCUAGAAGGAAUACCUGUGGUACUACCUAAAAUAUUGUGUAGAAUCAUAAAAGCAUACAUAGACGGAUGGACGGGGUAAAGACAGCAUAUAGAGCAGCAAGCUAACUUGUACUAUAUAGGUGUAGAUGUACUCCCUAAAAAGACAACUUACCUCUUUUACUAUUUCAAAGAAAAUCGGUAUUGAUCAUAGAACUUAGAAAUCGCCGAUUGAUACACCAAAGUGC